GCAAUACGUCUUCUUCCUCCCUUGAUAAACACAAAAACUCUGUAAAAACCCUGAAAUGGCACCGGCAUCAAUGGAAUGGAACGAAAACUCGUUGCAUGAAAAAGGCUUCAUUCGUGACGAGGAUGAACGGCCGAAAGUGCCCCAUAAUAAGUUCAGCAACGAGAUUCCGGUGAUCUCACUGGAAGGUAUCGAUGAUUUGGAAGGUAGUGAUGGUGGUGUUAAAUCUCGUAGGGCGGAGAUUUGUGAGAAGAUUGUGAAAGCCUGUGAGGAUUGGGGGAUCUUUCAGGUGGUGGAUCAUGGCGUAGACGCGAGACUGUUGUCGGAGAUGACAAGGCUUGCAAGAGAGUUUUUCCAGUUGCCGGCGGAGGAGAAGCUCCGGUUUGAUAUGACCGGUGGGAAGAAAGGCGGGUUCAUUGUUUCUAGCCAUCUUCAGGGAGAAACUGUACGAGAUUGGAGGGAGAUUGUAACAUACUUCUCAUAUCCAAUAAAAGCAAGAGACUACUCAAGGUGGCCCAAUAAGCCCGAAGACUGGAGGCUAGUGACAGAGGAAUACAGUGAGGUGUUAAUGGGCUUGGCGUGCAAACUACUUGAAAUCUUGUCAGAGGCAAUGGGCCUUGAGAAAGAGGCCUUAACUAAAGCAUGUGUUGAUAUGGACCAAAAAGUAGUGGUGAAUUACUAUCCAAAGUGCCCUCAGCCCGACCUCACAUUGGGCCUUAAGCGACAUACCGAUCCAGGAACAAUUACAUUGUUGCUUCAAGAUCAGGUUGGAGGGCUCCAAGCGACCCAUGAUGGUGGCAAAAGUUGGAUAACGGUCCAGCCUAUUGAAGGUGCUUUUGUUGUCAAUCUUGGUGAUCAUGGACAUUAUUUGAGCAACGGAAGGUUCAAGAAUGCAGACCAUCAGGCCGUUGUGAAUUCAACAACCAGUCGGCUAUCCAUAGCGACGUUUCAAAACCCUGCUCCAGAGGCGACAGUUUAUCCAUUAAAGAUCAACAAAGGAGAGAAAUCGAUUAUGGAAAAACCUAUAACUUUCGCUGACAUGUACAAGACGAAGAUGAGUGGAGACCUUGAGUUGGCUCGGCUCAAGAAGUUAGCCAAGGAAAAACAACAAAACUCGGAAAAAUUGAAACCUGUCAAAAAUAUACAUGUUUAAGAAUUAAAAUUUAUGGCCUCUACCACCAAUUAUAUGUAAUGUAUUUUUAUAUGUGUAUUAGAGCAUCUCCAAUAAGAACUUAUUUUAGGACUUACUAC